AUGGCCACGCAGCAAAACGAGGGGGGCGUGCCCUUCGCCGUGGCCCACGACUUCAAGAGCUUCCGUCUGCUCGAGCUGCCCCCCGAGCUUGUCCAGCUGCUGGAAGCUCCAAACCCGCCCCAACUGUCCAUCAAGUCUCUCCCUCCGGCUGCGUCUGACAGGCCCAAUGCGCAGCCCGCAUAUGCAGUGCUCUGUACGCCCACCAAAAGCUUCCAGAUACGCCAGGUGCAGACGUCCAACUCCGUCUUCGUUACCCAGCCCACGCUCGACGCCCAUGGCAACGACAUACCCGUGCCAACCACAUGCGCAGUCGCUGCGUGCACAGCAACCCUAGAACUGCACCCCGCCGACGCGUCUGCUGUGGCCUACCUGGAAGAUGCGCUGCCAGUGUACGACAUCGUUGGCGGGGAAGUCGAUACUACUCACAACGGCAAAAGCAAAGCUGCUGUCUUCUCCGACAUGCCCUUAUCGAACGGACAGUGCGAACAGGGAUGGUCUGAGGUCGUGGCAUUCGAGUUGUCUGGGUCCUCGUACCGGCCUUCUGUGAACACCUUGCGACAGGUCUGGUCCUCGAUCAACGCGGCCGCCCUAGCAGAGGGCAUGAAGCUGGACAGCCAAUUCCUGGGCUCUGACCUGGCCGAAUUGGUUCGCGAAGAGGGCUACCCUGCCUCACUGGCACAAGCCAUCUUCGCGCAUCUAGCUGCCGCCGGGCAGGACACAAGCGGACAGUGGUCAUGCCUGCACCGGGCGAAGGUGGUGUCGUUUGUUGGGAGAAUGCUGUUGCAGGCGAAACAAGGUUCUUCCGGACAUUCGAUCGCCGACUUUGUGGAGGAGUGGAAGGACUCUCUGCCAGAGGCAUGGCGGGGCGACGCCGAUUUGAAGGCGAUUGACGGCGCCUAUGACAACCCUACGGCAACCACGAUAGUUGCAAAGGCCAAUUCUGCAUCUGCCACACCGGAGUCUGUACUCCCGAAGGCUACCGCUGCUAAAGGGAAGUGGCAUGAGAGAUUUGCAAAGACCCGGAAGAAGUAG